AUGGACCCAGGCUGCCAGCAAGGUCGGCCAGACUCCUGGGGUUGUAAAUCAGAAGGACAGCAGGAGGACAGCAGGAAGACAGCAGAAGAACAUCUGGAAGACAGCAGGAGGACAGUGGAAGGACAGCAGAAGAACAGCUGGAGGACAUCAGGAGGACAGCAGGAGGACAGCAGGAGGACAGUGGAAGGACAGCUGGAGGACAGUGGAAGGACAGCUGGAGGACAGCAGGAGGACAGAGGACAGCAGGAGGACAGUGGAAGGACAGCAGGAGGACAACAGAAGGACAGCUGGGGGACAGCAGGAGGACACCAGAAGGACAGCUGGAGGACAGCAGGAGGACAACAGAAGGACAGCAGGAGGACUGUGGAAGAACAUCUGGAGGACAACAGGAGGACAGUGGAAGGACAGCAGGAGGACUGUAUGAGGACAACAGAAGGACAGCUGGAGGACAGCAGAAAGACAACAGAAGGACAGCUGGAGGACAGUAGGAGGACAACAGAAGGACAGCUGGAGGACAGCAGGAGGACAACAGAAGGACAGCUGGAGGACAGCAGGAGGACAACAGAAGGACAGCUGGAGGACAGCAGGAGGACAACAGAAGGACAGCAGGAGGACAGCAGAAGGACUGCAGGAGGACAGCAGGAGGACAGUAGAAGGACAGCAGGAGGACUGUAG